CCCCGCCUACAGGGCUGCUCGCACCCCCUCUCUACUCCAGCUGCAGCAGCCAGAACGCUCUAGAGUCCUGGGCGCUGCGUGUUGGAGAUCUGUCGCUUUCUCCUCCACGAAGGCUACUACUCGCUUUGUCCGGUUCCGUGCGCUCCCUCUCGAUGAGCGUCCGGGGCGCGCUUUGCUGUCAGCAGCGCAAUAGUUAAUGUGUGUGCCGGAUGCACCCUCACUCCAGCAGACCGCUACAGUACGAAGAUGGCGUCGGAGGGAGCCAGCGGAGAGCAGCCUCCUCCGGUACAAACACUGGUCGCUGCCGCGCCGGGAGGUGUCGACACGAAAUGUGAGUUCAACAUGGAUAACUUGAGCAAGCCAGAGCUGCUCACACUGCUCAGUAUCAUGGAAGGGGAGCUGGAAGCCCGAGACCUGGUCAUCGAAGCGCUGAGGGCUCAGAGGAAGGAGGUGUUUCUCCAAGACCGAUAUGGCCACUAUACCCUGACUGACCCCUUUCUGGCGCUACAGAGAGACUUUGAAUGCAGAGUCCCUGGGGGGGACAAAGAACGGCGGCCGUUGGGGUCAAGCCCUAUCUCGGUCCUGGAGGCUGUCAUGGCGCACUGCAGGAAAAUGCAGGAACGCAUGUCAGCCCAGCUGGCUGCUGCCGAAAGCCGCCAGAAGAGGAUUGUGUGAAGCUGCUGCUGUCUGCAGGUUUGCCUGCUGACAUUUUGGAUGAAAAUGGAUUCACACCCUUACACUUUGCUGCCGCCCACGGCCACACCAGCUGCGUGGAGGCGCUGCUGGCGUCCGGAGCUGCUGUGGACUCCGUGGCGGCUGAAGGGCAGACUUCCCUCUUCCUGGCCUGCGAGGCAGGGAGGCUGGACUGCGCUCUGGCUCUGCUGGACGCAGGAGCCAAUCGCUCUCUCACCACUAAAGAUGGCUGCACAACGCUGCAUGCUGCGGUCCGUUCUGGACACGUGGACACGCUCCGUCUCCUCCUCCACCACCCAGCAGACGGCGAUCCCCCCGACCCGCCAAGUAGACUGACGCUGCCCGCUGCGCUCCUGAACCAGGCCAAUAGCGACGGCUGGACCCCUGCACACAUGGCUGCCGCCCUGGGCAUCAAGGAGUGUCUGGAGGUGUUGUGCAGCCACAGUGAGCAGGACGUCGAGCGGAGGGAUAAGUGUAAUCGCACUAUUCAUGAUGUGGCAACGGACGACUGCAAAGAUCUGUUGGAGAACCUCGAUUCCUACCGGGUCCUGGUGCUUCUGCAGUGUUCAGGUGGAGGAACCGGGUCCAUGUGUCCUAUGGAAGCCCUGGAGGAGGAAGAGGAGGCGAAGGGGCCUUCCUCCAGUCAGAUGGUGCUGGGCAGAGUGACGGUGGACCGGUCAACGCGCUGGGCCCAGCUGAGGGAUGCCCUCAGCCACAUGUUCGUCUCCCACCUCCAGAUCCUGUGUGGAGACUGUCAAACAGGCAGAGAGGAGGCGCAGCGCUCCCUGCUAGGCCUUACUCCUGCCAGUAUCUCCUCCACCCUCAUCGGAGACACUGAGUGGUUACCCGGUCAGGAGCUACCUUUAUCUCCCUGGGAUCUGGUCCGAAAGCCUCUCAGCCAGUGUAUUACCAUCCGCCUCAAAGGUCUGCAUGAGUCGUGUCUCGAUGAGUUAGCCCUGGAAUCCCUCCUCCCUUUGCCGCUGCUGCACAACUGCGUCCGCCUGGUGGAGCAGUACGGGAACCUCUUCUUCCACGGCCUGGAGGGCAGCUGCCAGGAGUACAUUGCUACCGUGGUUGCCCACUGCAUCAAGGCGAAGCAGGAGGCGGAGGGGGCGGGCUGUGACGUGGUGAGGGUGGAGGUGGAGGAGAGCCUGACCAAAGAGCAGCUGCUGGAGACCUUCAUCAACUGCGGUUUCCUGAUUCCAGCAGUGGGCUCGGGCUUUGGCUUGGUAUCCGGCGCCACUGAUCGCCGUGUUGUGGUGCUGCUGGAGGGAUUGGAGAAGGCUUCGUCACUAACAGGCCUGCUCGCAGAUCUCUGCCUCAGCCUGGACAACAGAGGCUCCGCCUCCCCUCUCAUUCUGGGCACAGGUUCCCACCACGUCAGAGGAAACAACUUCCUGAUUGGCACGUUUUCUAAACCCCGCCUCCAGGGAUCAGAGCUCCGUCUACAGCAGCAUUUCCGUUGGGUGAUGCUGCGCUGGGACCAGGAGCCGCUGCACGGCCUGCUGGGAAGGCACCUGCGCAGGAAGCUGCUCCAUAAGGUGGGGACUGGCGCCUGGUCACCUGAUGGGCUGAUGGAGCGCUCGGUGUUGUGGGUAAGCCAGGUCUGGCAGCAGCUCAACGCCUGCCUGUCCCGCCUGGGGACCCAUGAGGCUUUGCUUGGCCCGCAGCUCUUCCUGUCCUGCCCCGUGGUUCCCAACAACACUCAGGCUGUUGUCAGGUGGCUGGCCCGUCUCUGGAACGCUGUGGUCGUCCCGCGGGUGGAAGGCGCUGUCAUCUCCCGUGUAACGACCAGGCGCCCCGCCUCCGCUCUCCCGUCACCUUCUCCCUUGCAACAAGCGUCUCCUAGCAACUGUGGGCUGAGCGCCGGACAGCAGGCCGUGGUGAAAGCCGCCCUCAGCAUCCUGGUUAACAAGGCUGUUAUGCCGGGAUGCCCCCUGCCUCGCCACGAAAUGGACCGGUACCUGCUAGAGUUUGAGGGGAGCUCAUCUUCUCUGCCAGCCCUCGGUUCAUGUAAGAGGGGUGUAGGGGGAGGGAGACGAGGACGAGACAGCGGCAAGCUGAGACGAUCCAACACCAGCCCCAGGAAGAAGGGAAGCCCCUCCUUAAACUGGAGCUCCGGGGGCUCCUUCAGGGAAGGUUCGGUCUCCAGCUCAGAUGUCAGGUUCAUGUCCAACGGCCACAGGCAGCCAGCUGGUCUGCCGGUGUUCUUUGAUGACGAGACGGAUCUGAUCAGAGAGCUGCAGACCAUGUGCUCCAGCAGGUCCGAGCCGGACAUCAGUCAGCAGAUCUCACAGGCCAAAGACAAUCUGAUCCUGUUUCCCAGCACGUCCAGUAAGAGGCAGCCUGCCCUCAAGUCCAGCCAGGGAACUGCUGUCCAGCCGCAAUCAGAGACUGCCGUCAGUCAGCCGCGCCGCAGCGCCGUCCAGCCGGCCGUUCACAGCCCCAGUCGUCGUCCAGGCCCCCGUGCCAAGUCGCAGCUUCCUGUCCCGAGCAGCAGAGGGCAGCAGACGCGAGAAUCCGUCACUUGCAGCAGCAGCAGCAGCAACAACAACCAGAUCCGGACCCCUCCCAGCCUCGGCAGAACUACGGCCAGCAGCAGCAGCAGAACAAAGCAGGGUCCCCCGAGCAACAGCAGCAACAAUAACUACUACCGCAACAGCAUGAACGACAGCAGUCACUCACAAGAUGACAUCUGGAUCCUCCACAGAGACCUGCACCACAACCAGUAGACCCCCCCCCAUCCAACCCCACCACCACCUCCUCCUCUCAUUCUCAAUGUAAAGACUAGGUACCUGACGACCUUGGAUUUGUACUUAUCUGUACUUGCUACACUGUACUGCAGUUGUGUACUUGGGGACCACAGUUGAUUCUACUCCUGUAUUUGAGUUUCACGUCGACGUCGGAGCGAAAACACUGUAACAUUAAAAAAAGACGAGGAAAAGCAGCAGGUUGUUUUGUUCUGUUGCCUUAAUUCCAAGUGUUUGAGCCUGCAUAUUCUGGGACAGUAUUCAGAUCCAGGAGGAAACCUUCUGGAAUAAGAGUUGCUACGUGAAGUGUUUAUAUGUUAGAAACUGCCUCAAAGCACUCCCGGCACAGUCCCUUGGUGUACUUAAAGUGAAAUAGUGUACUUCUCCUGUAGGAAUAAGGUCACUGCAGAAAUCCGACACAAUCAGGCUUUUUGUUCUCCUUCUUGUUUUUGCUAUGAAGUAUUUUGAGAUAUCCAAGUGUUUUAUCUCCAGAUAGUUGCAAGGUUGGUUUAAAUACUGUUGAAAUUAAUCAGGGUUUUACCAAAUAUAUUAUUUGUAAAUAAGAGUAAGUUUAAAUGCUCUAUAGAUUGGUGUAUGUGGUAUUACGCUUGUACAGUGAUGAAACCUUGAAGACAAACUGCUGAGGAAAAAAAAAAACACUAAACCUUGUACAUAAGUGUUUGUAGACUGAGUUUGGUUUUAAACCCUCCACUUGUUUCAAAGUGAAUGGGAUGUGGCAAUAAGUACUAGAACUGUAUAAACACAGGAUGUCCUCUGUCAGUUGUAAGCCAUAAUAAAUAUUUGAAAUGCCCAAUGUU